CGUGCUGUAAGGCGUAUUGUUUUUUUAUUGCGCUGCUAAGCAGUUCAAUUGUUGACAAAUAAUAAAAUUAAUCAAAAAUGGGAAAUCACAAGGUACUUCGGACCGCUGGAUCCAAUUUGCGGUACUCUAUGUAUGAGUUCAUUGAUGCCGUGCACAAGCGAACGAUUAUCUGGGAGCGACGACACGCAAACUUCCAUAAUCGAGAACUGCGGGAUCAGGCCUGGCAGCAAAUUGGCCAAGAACUUUGCAAGAACUUUUCAUCAGCCAGUGAUGCCGAAAAGAACGAAAUUGUGAAAACCUUAAUGAAGCGCUGGAAGAACACGCGCGACAGCUAUUUGCGGGUGUACCGUAUGCGACAAAGUGGCAAAGAUGUGGUGGUGCGGGCAUCCUACAUAUACGAGCAAGAGCUCAGCUUUCUGCUGGAUGUCAAGACUGAGACCGAAGACGAUGAGGAGCCCCUAAAGGAGGAAACCAAAUUGUCGCUCAAACGGAAGCGCCUUUGCACCCAAAGAACGGCAAGGAAGCGGCGAAGCUCAGAGGAGGAAACGAUAACCGAGCCGCUGACCGCCUCCAACGUUUCUUCAUUGCCAAAUAAUCUGCAUUCCUUGCUGGGUGAUCUGGAUAACUCAACGCAUCCAGAUUCUAUUGCUUCCUCCGCCAAACGACCAGCAACUCCGUUCACAGCAGACUCCGCCAGUUGGACAAAUGCCUCGGCGCCACCUUCAACCACGGAUGCCGAUCAGGCGUUCUUUGAUAGCAUUAAGCCGCAUAUGCAAAGAAUGAAAGCCGAUCAAAAGCUCGACUUUCAAAUAGAAGUACUAAAAAUUCUUCGCAAUUUUAAGCCAAAUUAAAACGAAAGCUAUAAGAAAAUAUGUUUUUAUUUAUUUGUUUUAAAUUAGGUCUACCACUUAGCAGUGGCAUUACAGCACUUGCUGUGCAGAACAGGAACCGUAAUCGUUAUCGGUUAUCGAGUAAAUGAAUAUCGCGCGAAAUUUGAACUACUGUAAGCAUUACUUGGAUGACCCUGUAUGACUGCUUAAUGAGCUGAAUAAAGUAUAUAUUAG